UCCGUCGACGUCGGUGACCUUCUCCCGUCAUUGACGGUGCAGAACGAGAAGGGCGAAGAUGUCGACGUUUCGACGCUCGCAUCGGAGAAAGGUGUUGUCUUGUUCCUGGUGCCCAAAGCCGAUACGCCCGGGUGCACACAACAAGCCUGCGGCUUCCGCGACGUCUACCCGGACUUCACCGCGCUCGGCUUCGACGUCUAUUGCCUCAGCGCGGACUCGCCCUCCGCCCAAACCAAAUGGCAAACCAAAAAAUCCCUCCCCUACCCGCUCCUGUCAGAUCCGAAACGUCAGCUGAUCGGCGCGCUGGGUGCCGCGAACGGGAACAAGACCAAGCGGAGCCAUUUUGUAUUCGAGAAAGGCGGGAAGCUGCUCGACAAGAAGAUUCCCGUUAAGCCCGUUGAUAGCCCUAAGCUAGCGCUAGAGUUUAUCAAGGGUCUGCAGGCAACCGCCGUGUGA